AUUUAUUGACUGUAUAUAUGAUUAGAAGUUCCGUACAAUCGUGUUCGUUGAUGUUAGAAAAAUUUUGAUAUGAUUGUACUUCAAUAUGGCGAACCGCGACAAAGGACGCAGAAAGUGGGGAGGAUUUUUACAAGAUAAUACAAGAGUGGAGAAGGACAGAUCGAUGGGAAUGCGUGGUGGUGGUGGUGGUAAUAGAGCAUCUCAAGCUUUGUAUAGGCCAGGAAGCGGACCACUUCGCAAGUCUGGGAGAUCUGUAGACGAUUUAGAUAAUGAGAACAUUUCGCAGGAAAAACCUAAGUCUAGCUCCGUCCAACACCGUUUGAAGCAAUCGCAACUCAAUAGAUCCAAUCAAAUGCUGAACAGUCUGCCAUCAUCUCAAGUUGAAAAUGUAACAGAAAAAUUAAACGAUCUAAACAUUAACUACAGAAAUACUACAAACAUUGAACAGAUACCGAGUUCUUCUCAAAAUAGUAAUUCAGGAGAUUUAAGAAAGAAAACUAAGAAGCCGGAACAACAGUUAUAUAUACCUAAAAAAGUAAAAGAAGCAUUGGCUGAACAGGAUAGUUCAAAUAGAUCUCCGAAUCAAAGGUGUUGGGAUCGGGAUCGGGAUCAAGACAGAGAACUUAGCGAAGAUCGUGAUUCUCAUUCUAAUCGUAGCCAUAAAAGCGAUAGUCAUCGUAAUCGAUCAAGUGGUCACAGUAAACGAGAUAAUGAAAGCGGAAGUAAAAGUAGAGAUGAUCAUGGCAAACGAUAUUCGGGAAAUCGUCGAAAUCGUCACGGUAAUGAGAACGAUGAGCGUUGGCGAUCUGACUCCCCUUUGUCUAACAGGGGUUACGGAAAUCGGAAAGAUAAUUCUCGCGAAGUUAGACAGGGUUCAGAACCACUUUUCGUAACAAUGAACCACGUCAAUGAUUUCAAUCGCACCAGAGAUACACGUAGCGUCGAACCUGCCGGACAUCCAGAUAAAUUCCAAGGCAAACCACCUUCAGGCAAAUGGGGUAAUGCAAAAGAUAGUUUACCAAAAAAUAUAAAAAUAGAACACUUGCCACCCAGGUUUCAGAAAAAAUAUCUUAUCGAUAAUGGUUUACCAUUGCCAUCAACAAAUUCAUUGCCACCAGAAGAUUCAUGGAAUGGUAGUAGUAUCACGUUUCAGGGAUCAUCAAAUUACAAUUAUCCACCUGUGAUGCAACAUUCGCAAACGAUGCAAAAUUUACCUCCAUCUGGCCCAUUGCCUCCUCAACCUAACUGGUCCAAUACUGGGUCAGCACGUAGCAGAGGUAGAGGUAGACUUAGACCAGAAGAAUUAGAGAGUUCAACAAAUAUUUUCAGAUGCGUUACACCCGAUCAGUAUUCGGCUCCAAGUUCUAGGUCUCAUACACCAAGCCAAGAAUAUAUGCAAAGGUUUUAUGAUCGUCGUGGUAGUAACAGCACCAUGUAUACUAGUAUGGAAAGUUUAAGCCGAGCUGAUACUUCUUUGAUGCCACCACCACCGGCAGUGUCACCUAUUACUUCGGUAUCCAAUGUAAACAAACGUCAAACUUCACCCGAUAGUCAUCGUCGGGGAGUAUCUCCAUCUUCAUCUACUCACCGAACUCAUACGCAACGGACGAGCAAUAAUGCAUCCGAGCAUAAUGCAACAUUGGAAAAGAAAAGCAGUCAACAAAAUUUAGGCGAUAGUCCACCAAAAGCCGAGUCUGUUAACACCGAAUCAAAUACAUCGGCCGACCAUCCAUUUGAUUGGAACGAAGAAGUUGAAUUAAAUGAAAAAUUAGAAGCUGAACGUGCGAGUCGCAGUUCUUCUGUGUUAAGUUUGCGUGAGAAUGUUAAUGUGUCAGGAAAUGAAACCACGACGGGAGGUUCUAAUCGACGUAAAAAAAAAAAGCGUGAUAGGAAAUAUGCAGCAGAUCGGAGCAGUAGCAGAGAUAAAGCUCGAGUUAAUAGUCGCGAUCGACAAAAUAACCAACAAAAUAGAGAAAAUGAUAACUAUAACAAUAAUCAAAAGAACAGUAAUAGCAGUAGAAGAUACGAACACAGAAGGCAUCACAAUAUUAUACAACGUAGUCGGGAAUCUAGUAAAGAUAGGAAUUACCGUGGUAGCAGUCGAAACUUCGAUGACCUCCAUAGACAUAGAUUGUCCGAUCGGUGUUUAGAUGAAAAUUGGAGAACAGGAAGAAAAAUGUCGGCUUAUGAUUCCGACGAUGGACGACAAACACCUAAUGUUCCCUCUCAUUCUGCAACGUUAUCAAAUACAGCUUUGAAUGUGACAACACAUCAAACAUCUAGCGGGCACACCAACUCCCAACCACCUGGUGUUUUAGUGUUACCUGAUACUAGCCAAUCUCCACCUAGUCAUCCAGUUUCAAGACAGCAAGGAAUGCAGCAGCAAAGGACGUUAUUUGACCCCAAUAAUCCUAAUAAACCUAUUGUUGUAACUUCACCUAAUAGUAGAGCUGUAAUUCAAAGAGAAAAUGAAAUCGCAGCUCAGAGUCCGAAUGUGCCAGUGUUUCAGUCCCAUGGAGGUAUUACUUCGACACAUCAUAGCUUUCAAGGAGCUCACUUAGAUAGUGUGCCACCACCAUAUAUGACAAAUGACCAAUUUGGUAAUACAAGACCCUCGUGGUACGAUCCUUACUCCGAUAGUUUCCGAUCAGCCAAAAAUCCUUACUUGCUUUUGGACAUAGAACGCGCUGAUAAGGAGUUACAAUGGAUAUUAAGUUCCGGUGGUUUUACAACAAAUUGGGAUAGAGUUUUGUACAUAAGGCACUUUCUGCAAGAAAGUUUAAAAACGUUGCUCGAGACUGAUAUUAAAUUUUGUCAAACCGAGAACGUUGAGCAACACUUUUGGAAAAUACUUUUCUAUAAUAUGAUCGAAAUGUUGCGAAAAGGCAUGCCAAAAGAAAGUUCCGAAGGCCGGGAACAUUACAAGAAAAUAAUGAUGAAGAUUAUCGACGAGGGUACUAUAUACUUAGAAAAUUUGUUAACUAUUCUUGAAGCCAAAUAUGAAUUUAAAUUGGAUACAUUUCUUGCAUCGUCAACAUUGCCUAAAGGUCUCGGGAUCUUAGGUUUAGCUUUAGUAAGCGCGCAAAAAAUAUAUUUAUUUUUGGGUGACUUGGCGAGAUACAGAGAACAAGCAAAUGAAACGAAUAAUUAUGGAAAGUGUAGGCAGUGGUAUUUAAAAGCACAACAACUUAAUCCAAAGAAUGGCAGGCCUUAUAAUCAGCUUGCGUUACUAGCACAUUACGCGAGACGAAAAUUAGACGCAGUAUAUUAUUACAUGCGAUCUCUUAUGGCAUCCAAUCCUUUUCAUUCUGCAAGAGAGAGUUUAAUAGCCCUAUUCGAUGAAAAUAGGAAAAAGUAUCUACAUUAUUAUGAGUCCACGGAACGGAAACGGAAAGAAGAGAGAGAGUGGAAGGAAAGAGCAAGGAUGAAAGAAAAGGAAGGAGCGAACAGUAUUGGGGGAGGAUUGAGGAGGGAAAUUUGGUUUCAUCCUGGUGGGAGACGAGUUCGUCGUACAACUACCGCAGCCACUGCCAAUGAAGCGAGAUUAUCUCAUAGCGAUUUAGAAGAUUUGGCGCAAUUAAGUAGCGUCGAGGUGAAUAAACGAUUCGUCACAUCCUACCUUCAUGUUCAUGGGAAGUUAAUCACCAAGAUAGGAAUGGAGACGUUCCAAGAAGCCGGUGUACAGAUGUUGAAGGAAUUCAGAGCCCUCCUGCAACAUUCGCCGCUGCCUCUUCCCGGGACGCGAUUGCUUCAGCUUUUGGCCCUGAAUAUGUUCGCCAUCGAGUCGACGCAGCUGAAAGAUGCCCAAAUGGAGCAGGGGUACCGGUCCGAGGUCCAAGAAAGGGCACUCGUCGUAUCCUUGCAGAUGUUCAAUCUGAUUUUAGAACGUGGCGUGUCCUUGCUCAAGUCUCAGUUGGACAGCGGCGAAGAACCGAGGAUGGUUGUUAGCGAGGACAUGCAAGUCCUUUUACCAGCUAUCAAGAUUUGGUGCGAUUGGAUGCUCUGUCACAGCACCGUUUGGAAUCCACCGCCAUCUUGCACGGACUACAGAGUCGGCCCCGCCGGAGACGCAUGGAGCAGACUGGCCACGAUGGUGAACCUGCUAGAUAAAUUGAAUUAUUCCAGAGCAAUACUGAUUCAGGCCAAGGACGCGAGAAGACGUCGAGAUGACGAGGUCGAACUGGUCAAACUGCCGGAAGACACGACCUUGGCAGGGUUCACGCCCCUCAUGUGCAAUCCUCAGGACCCUUGUUACGCCAGUAAGAACGAAGAUAUAGAAGUCGCCCAAGUGUGCCUCAGGAUAAACAAGAUCCUAUUUUUCGGCCAAGUGUUCCUCUGCGGCCUCGAGACGCCGGUAUUGAAGUUACAGAAGAGCGAGACCGGCAUCAGCGAGUACGUCUCCGUGGUCGAGGCCUCCAGCACGAGCAUACCGAGCUCACCCCCGGAGCAGCCGUCGAUUUGGCUUCAGAGCGACUCGGAGCUCCUGGUGGAAAGUUACAGCGAGGGCGAGGACGAGCCCGUUUCCUCCCUGAGGAGAUUCCCCUCUUGUACGGACGUACCUGAUGACACCACCGCGCCCGUGGCCACCGUCGAGAUACGGUCGCUGAUCGAGAGGAAAGAAGAGCUUGAAAGGCGGCAGCGGAAGCAGGAUCAUCAUCGACAGCGAGUACAGCAAAUUCUGCAAAACUCCUCGGUAUCAGUGGAGAUCGAAGUGAAACCGAGGCAACUGGUCCCGGACACUAAUUGCUUCAUCGAUUAUCUGCCGCAAUUGCAAAAUAUCACGAAGGCGAUUUCCGGCGCGCAGCCGAUCUAUACGCUUAUGGUGCCGCUUGUGGUUCUGAACGAGCUCGAGGGUCUGACCAGGGGCGCCGACUCCAGGGACUGUCCCCCGGCUUCGAGGGCGGCUUUGGACCCGGAGCACGUGGCCCGUGUAGCAGAAAGCGCAAAGGCGGCUCUGGCGUUCGCCAGAAGCAGGAACCCGGCGAUCAGAUGCUUAACCACGAGAGGAACUGUUCUUACAUCUAGCACAUUUACGAUGGAGGAGGAUGUCGAGAAGGACGGGCUGACAAGAAACGAUGACAGAAUACUGGCUACGUGCUUGAGCCUCUGCAAAGCGGGUAACAAAGAUCAACUAAAUGCAAAAGAGGGCCAGCCAAGACGCCUUAGAAGGGAAGUGGUUCUGUUGACGGAGGACCGGAACCUGAGGGUGAAGGCCCUGGCGAGGGACGUGCCCGUCAGAGAGGUGCCCGACUUCAUGCAGUGGGCUGGCCUCGGCUGAGACGCUUCCUCGACCAAAUCACACACCCGCUAACGAAAAAUCUCCCGUUACCCCCGCCGAGUAAACAUUGACAAGCAGCAGCAACAGCGACGACACCCGUGCAGCAAACAGCCCCCCAAAGCGAGACGGUGUAAAAGGAAAGCGUGGACGAGCAAAGAGGGAUGUCUCGUCGGUGGAUGUUCAUCGUGCACACCCCACUUCCCCCUCCCACCACACAUACACACAUAUCGUGGCAGACCAGCCGCCACACGCGUGCUACGGAACCAUCAUCCGUUCACGUAAGUUCGUCCUGAUUGUCGGGGUUGCCUCUUUCGCGGACGCGCGUAGAGGACGACGAAUAGCAGUCGCGUGUUUUCGUCGCGACGAAGUUACUUAGGGGUCGAGAAAUUAAGGUAAAUUAGAUCCGUACGGAAUGGACGAGGUGAUGCGCGUCGACAGGAUUAGCUGACAUCCGGGAAGCAUUUCUCGCGCUGGGAUGUAGCAAUGGCGACCGGUAGACCCUCGACGAAGAAAAUGGCGCGUGAGAGUCUCUUCGUUCGUCGGAGGCGAAACGGGAAAACGGUGAUUGACUGAAGAAAAUUGAAAGAGAGAGAGAGAGAAAUAGAGAAUGUGAGA